UUACUAUUAUUCUAACAAUGAGGUUUUGAUAUACAAGUGCUUUUAACCUCAAGUACACUACAGCAUAUAACAUUAACAUACUUGUCUAUUUCUAAUUUCCAGGAGACAGCUUCUGUGAGGUCCUCAAUGAUCGUUGAUCACCACAAAUCGUACUGUGUGGAGUCUACCUGGAUACUAGGUAGGUAUUCAAGUUGUCAAACUUCCUCCGCCAAUCUUCGCACAGCCCUGGUCCACUGCCCGACCCUGUCCUGCCCGCCCAUGUCAUGCCCGCUGCCCGCUGCCCGGUACUGCUUUCGACCGAUGCUGCGCGAUGGUUGUUGGCCUUAGCCCGCUUUGCCUCGAUUUCGCCCUGUCUCUCUUGCUAGCUCGACGCCUCCUCCACUUCGGUGAGCCGCCAUUUUCCUCCCCAAGGAACGAAAGAAAAAAAUGUCUCUUUUGAGAGGUGUGUGGCACUGUCACCGGCGAGAGGGAGAAGCAAAAGAGAGAAAGAAGAAAAGGAAGCAGAAGACGAAGCCAUCGACCGGGACUAGCAGUGACACUGACGUUGACAGUGACAC